UGUUUUGUGCUUAGCAGGUGGUAAUCUAUUAGGCAACGUAGGUUAUGUUUAUUUGUAUUUAUUGUCAAAGUAUUCGAUCAAUAAAUACAUUAAAAAUUAUUCUUAGUCUUUAAGUAAUAUACUUAAAGAAUUUAAAAAUAUGGAGUUUGUGGAAAACUCAGGGUCCAGCAUGGAACCCCCAUGUAAGGAAAUAAUAGAGGAUAUUGAGGACCUAAUAUCAGCACAAGAUAUAACCCCCAAGGAACGAUAUAGCACCAGAAAGAGCGUCAAAGUAAACGCGCGUAAAAAAAAUGAAGAUGAAAUCCCUGAACCGGUUGGCGAAAAUAUUCCAGGGGUUCAAAGUAUCUAUGUUAAAACCUGGGGCUGUGCACAUAACAGCUCAGAUUCUGAAUAUAUGGCGGGACAGCUUAGCGCCUAUGGUUAUCAGUUAACAGAUGAUAAAACCAAAGCUAAUUUAUGGCUUUUAAAUAGCUGUACUGUUAAAAAUCCUGCUGAGGAUCAUUUUAGAAAUGAAAUAGAAUCUGCUAAAAAACAAGGCAAACAUGUUGUGUUGGCUGGAUGUGUACCUCAGGGAGCACCAAAAUCAUCGUUUGUACAAGGAUAUAGUGUAAUCGGAGUGCAGCAAAUUGAUAGGGUUGUAGAAGUGGUAGAAGAAACUUUGAAAGGAAAUACAGUGAAGCUUAUGGGAACAAAGAAAGAAAAUGGUAAAAAAAUUGGAGGGGCAUCAUUGCUGUUACCAAAAGUUCGCAGGAACCCUCUUAUAGAAAUUAUUGCUAUAAAUACUGGAUGUCUUAAUCAGUGUACUUACUGUAAAACAAAACAUGCCAGAGGAGAUUUAGGAAGUUAUCCCCCAGAAGAAAUAGUGGCCAGAGCACAACAGGCUUUCGAAGAAGGAGUUGUGGAAAUUUGGCUAACAUCUGAGGAUACUGGUACCUAUGGUCGUGAUAUUGGAACUUCUUUACCAGCCCUUCUGUGGCAGUUAGUAGAAGUAGUACCACCAGGAUGUCGUUUGCGCCUAGGAAUGACAAAUCCUCCAUACAUUUUGGAGCAUUUAGAAGAAAUCGCUAAAAUUAUGCAUCAUCCUAGGGUAUAUAGAUUUUUGCAUGUACCAGUUCAAAGUGGUAGUGACCAAGUGCUGGCAGACAUGAAGAGGGAGUACUGCAGAAAAGAUUUUGAACAUGUAGUGGAGUUUCUGCAGGAGAAGGUUCCUGGAAUGACAAUUGCUACUGAUAUAAUUUGCGGAUUUCCAACGGAAACUGAAGAAAAUUUCGAUGAAACAAUGUCGCUGUGUGAAAAAUAUAAGUUCCCUAGCUUAUUUAUUAAUCAGUUCUUUCCCAGGCCGGGUACACCAGCUGCAUUAAUGACUAGGAUAGAUCCCCAAGAAGUGAAAAAAAGGACGAGGAGGUUAACAGAUUUGUUUUAUACUUAUGAACCUUAUGGACACAAAGUAGGUGAAAUUCAAGAUGUUUUAGUGACGGAGAUUUCUCAUGAUAAAAAACAUUAUGUUGGCCACAACGAAUUCUAUGAGCAAGUUUUACUGCCUCUAAAUCCGGAAUUCAUGGGAAAACUAGUUAAAGUGAAAAUAUCUAGCGCAACUAAAUUUUCGAUGAUCGGAGAGCCUUUGGAUGAGGUGGUUAUGCCAGGACUAACGAAGCCGCUUGAAAAAGGAAUGGUGUCUGGUUUACAGGUGGAAAAUAGCGAAAAUAAGCUAUGGAUGCCUUUGUUUUUGGUAGCUUUGAGCAUAGUACUAAGGUUAAUAUGGACUUUAUUGUGAAUAACUUUAUUAUACUAGGACAUGUAAUGUCUGGUUAUGUAAGUACUGCUACCUACAUAUAAUUGAUUUCUGUUACUAUUAUAUGUACUAAAUGUAUUUGUAAGUCCAAAAUAAAGUCAUAAUUUAUAUUAA